ACGAGCUCUCACCGCAUCAAUAUCAAAGGUACAGAUACGGUUGCGUUGCUGUGUCGUAAUAGUACGACCAGAAUCUGUUGAUUUCCAUCAUAAGAUGUCAAAGAUGCGGAUGAAAGCUGUGAGGUGUCCCACUGAUGAGCUCAGCCUCUCCAACUGUGCCAUCAUUAACGCGGAUGAUUUCCCUGAUGAUGUCAGGCAUAUUGAAGUAACUACAGCACCAAAUUAUCAUUUUGUGUUUACUGUAAGAACACAUCAUGAGAUUCCACGUGGCACAGUUGGUUUUAGCUUACCUCAACGAAAAUGGGCGACAUUGUCUCUUAACCAAGAGAUUGAAGUACGACCAUACCACUUUGAUCCAACUUCCAAUACAGAAUGUUUAUGCAACAUUGUUUUGGAAGCUGAUUUCCUGCAGAAGAAAACUGUCACUUUGGAGCCAUACAAUACAGAUGAAAUGGCCAAGGAUUUCUUGCUACAGUUUUCAGGCCAGGCAUUCACCGUGGGUCAGCAGCUGGCGUUUCAGUUUAAGGACAAGAAGCUGCUUGGGCUAGUCGUGAAAAGUUUGGAAGCUGCCGACUUGUCAGCAAUCAGUUCAGGACAGAGUACAGUGCCUAAGAAGACAAAAAUGGGACGUUGUUUGGGUGAUACUAUAAUACAAUUCGAGAAAGCAGAAAAUUCCAGUCUAAAUCUUGUUGGACAAGCUAAGGGGAGGGCUGUUCGGCAGACGAUUAUCAAUCCAGAUUGGGACUUCCAGAAGAUGGGUAUUGGCGGCUUGGAUAAAGAAUUCAGCGCUAUUUUCCGAAGAGCGUUUGCAUCCCGUGUUUUUCCAACGGAAAUUGUCACACAAUUGGGUUGCAAGCAUGUAAAAGGAAUUCUGCUAUAUGGGCCACCUGGUACAGGAAAGACCUUGAUGGCUCGGCAAAUUGGAACGAUGUUGAAUGCGAGAGAGCCAAAAAUUGUAAAUGGUCCACAGAUUUUGGAUAAAUAUGUUGGCGAAAGUGAGGCUAACGUCAGAAGAUUGUUUGCUGAAGCAGAGGAGGAGGAAAAAGGGUAACUCGGACCAAACAGUGGACUUCACAUAAUCAUAUUUGAUGAAAUAGAUGCCAUCUGUAAAUCUCGAGGUAGCGUUGCUGGAAACACGGGAGUUCACGAUACAGUAGUUAAUCAACUUCUUGCAAAGAUAGAUGGCGUCGAACAAUUAAAUAACAUUCUUGUUAUUGGUAUGACUAACAGAAGAGACAUGAUUGAUGAGGCCUUGCUAAGACCUGGCAGAUUGGAGUUACAAAUGGAGAUUAGCUUGCCAGAUGAACAUGGACGUUACCAAAUCCUCAAUAUUCAUACAUCUCGAAUGCGAGAUUAUAAAAAAAUAGCGCCCGAUGUAGACUUGAAAGAAUUGGCCACAUUAACUAAGAACUUUAGUGGUGCAGAACUAGAAGGUCUAGUUAGAGCAGCGCAAAGUACUGCUAUGAAUCGAUUAAUUAAAGCUUCUAGUAAAGUGGAAGUAGAUCCAGCUGCAAUGGAGAAACUUAUGGUGACUAAAGGUGACUUCUUUCAUGCACUCGAACAUGAUAUUAAACCAGCAUUUGGUACAAGUGCUGAAACAUUGUGUCAAUUGUUGACUCGUGGAAUUAUUAAUUGGGGAAGGCCAGUUGCUGAAAUUCUUGCUGAUGGCAGUUUAUGCAUUCAACAAGCUCGGGCAACCGAAGGAUCUGGACUUGUUUCAGUUCUUUUGGAAGGACCACCGAACAGUGGGAAGACAGCGCUCGCCGCACAAAUCGCAAAGAAUUCAGAUUUUCCAUUCGUUAAAGUGUGUACUCCUGAAGAUAUGGUUGGGUUUAUUGAAUCCGCAAAAUGUCUUUCUAUACGGAAGGUAUUCGACGAUGCAUAUCGUUCGCAGCUCAGUUGCAUUUUAGUUGAUAAUAUAGAACGUCUACUAGAUUAUGGCCCAAUUGGACCAAGAUAUUCUAAUCUUACAUUGCAAGCACUUUUGGUGUUAUUAAAGAAAUCACCACCACCUGGUCGCAAACUGUUGAUUCUAUGCACUUCUAGUCGCAAACAAGUUUUAGAGGAUCUGGAAUUACUCUCAGCAUUCAAUACCAUCCUCCAUGUGCCUAAUUUAUCAACCCCUGAUCAUCUGUUAAAUGUGUUGGAAGAAGUUGAUCUUUUCACAAAACACGAAAUGGUUUCCUUGCAUGCAAAGCUUCAAGGAAAACGUGUAUUCAUCGGUAUUAAAAAAUUACUCUGCCUAAUAGACAUGGCACGUCAAGUGGAACCAAGUUACAGAGUUGCAAAAUUCUUAUCGAAACUAGAGGAGGAAGGUGCUUUAGAGUAAGACAUAUUCCAUUUAUUGAGCUGCGUUAUUUUUAAUACAGAAAAAGAAAAAACAUGAACGCUUCUAAAUGUAAACUUAUUUAGCUUGCGCGAGCAAAGCCGAGACGCAAUUUUGAUUACCCAAAACGCAUUCUCAGAUUGUAGUAAUUUAAAUGUAGAAAUUUAACAGCUUUUAUGUAUAAGUGAAAGAUAUAAUCAGUGAUAUCUAGAUCUCUGUAUUACAAUAAGUUUCUGAAACAGGUAGAAUGAUACCAGCUUGUCUUGUGAUGCAUAUCUGAAAAUAUAUACUAACUCUAUUUUGAAGUACAAGAACUAUAUUAUUACAGGUAUAUAGGCAAAUGUUAUCAAUUUUGUAAUUUAUAGAAAUGAAUACUAUAUUUUUAUUAACUUUGAUAUCAUUCAAUUUAAUUUUGAUUGACUUUAGCAGAUCCUAUUUAUUUUAUAGGUAGUGGCUUAAUUGAUUUAUUAAUUGUUUGCUCGUAUUUUGAACUAACGCGAUUUGUUAUAACUUGAAUGAAUAUUCGAUUAUUACAUAAUAAUGUACAAUAUAUAGUUAUGGAAAUGUACAUGUAAAAAAAAUGAAAAUAUUUGAAAUAACACGCAAUAUCUGAUUUUAGCAUAAA